ACCCCCCACCUCUCUCACACACGAUACCCAUAAGGUGUUAGGGCUCGCAUGGUGUAGUACUAGUGACAAUUUGUUGUACCAACUAAAAAUCGAACCGGUAUCUAAGCCAUUAACUAAGCGAAAGAUUUUGUCCCUGGCCUCGGCUAUAUUUGAUCCCCUAGGGCUCUUAAACCCUACGUUAGUUAUUGCUAAAUUAAUUAUUAAAAAAUUAUGGGAUACAAAAUAUCAGUGGGAUCAAAGUUUACCUAAUGAUGUCACAAACGAAUGGGAAACCUUUUAUAAAAAGUUGUUUACGCUCAAUGCACUGUGCGUACCUAGACAUGCGCUUAUCAGUGAUUACAUAACGUUGGAGAUGCACGGGUUUUCAGAUAGCUCGUUAACGGCAUUCGGGUGCGCUAUCUAUAUACGUACCAUAAAUAUGCACGGACAAAUUUUAACGCGAUUACUGUGUUCUAAAUCGAGAAUAGCGCGUAAAGAAACUAUACCUAGACUGGAGCUCAGGGCUAUGUUGCUACUCGCACAACUAUAUAAAAACGUAACUAAUGCGUUAAAGUGCAAGUUUACGAAAGUAUACCUAUGGUGUGACUCAAAUGUAACCUUGGCAUGGGCAAAAUCACAAAAACAAAAUAAUCUUAAUUGUUUUGUAAAAAAUCGAGUUAUCGAAAUUCAAGGUCUAACGAAUAUAAAUGAUUGGCACUGGGUUUCGUCGAAUGACAAUCCUGCUGAUCUUUUAACACGGGGCUUACCAGCGGAUAAAUUGAUUAAUUGCACCCUUUGGUGGGAAGGACCUUCGUGGCUAAGUAAAUGUAGUGACACGUGGCCCUGCAAUAGUACUUCUACCCCAUUGCCAGACUCUGAGUUGACCGAAACCCAUUGUAACACUACUACAAAUAGUACAAAUGUGCAACCGAAUAUUUUCAUUGACAAUUUAUUUCGAAGAUGGUCAGACGUAAACAAGCUUAUCAAUUGUGUUGCAUUUAUCUAUAGAUUCGUAAACAAUUGUUUAAUUCAUAACAAAAAACUUACCGGGCCGCUCUCUGUGAGGGAAUUAGAAUGUGCAUUAAAUAAAUUGAUUGAAAUGUCACAAAUCGAAAUGUUUCCAACCGAAUAUAAUUUACUUCAAAAUAAAAAGCCCCUACUAAAAUCAUCGAAUUUAUUGUCUUUAAAUCCCUUUAUGGAAAAUAGGCUAAUAAGAGUAGGAGGCCGUUUAGGGUUGUCAGCUUACGACUAUAAUAAAAAACACCCUAUUAUCCUAUCACACAAACAUAUACUAACCAAACUCAUCAUGAGCGACCUGCACGUGAGACUGCUGCACGCUGGGGCCCAGCUGUUGCUGUCGUCAAUUCGAGAACGAUUUUGGCCGAUUAACGCAGCUGCAACAGGACUUCUGGACCUCUUGGUCAAGGGACUACAUAGGACUAUUACAGGAACGCACAAAAUGGCGAAGUUCCAAGGGUCCAGCUCUUCGCGCGGGAACUGUGGUGCUGGUGCGCGAGCGGAGCCUGCCGCCCUGCCUGUGGAGGAUGGGCCGCAUCGUCGGCUGCUGCCCCGGCCGAGACGGCGUCGCACGUGUCGCCGAGAUCCAGACAGCAAGAGGAAUAAUUAAGCGAUCCUUUAAUAAUAUUUGCCCGCUUCCAAUCGACGCGACCGACGUAUAGUUAUAAGUACCUAACAUAACUAUUCCUAAAUACCUACUUAAGUCUAUUUAAGUCUAGCAUACACCUAAUGUUAUUUAAGUUCGAUUUUUAAUUAAAAACAUGUUUCCUG